GUGCAGUCGCCUGCCAGCUCGCCCCGGCCGCCGCGCACUCCGCCUCCGCGCUGAGCAGCGGGAACCGCAGCGGCUUCAGCCGCGGGGCUCCGCUCAGCUCCGGGCUCGCGCUCUAGCCCGCUCCGCCCGCCGCACCGCCCACGGCAGCGCUCAGCCCGCAACGAUUUGACUUCCCUCUGCCGGCCUCUCCAGUUCUCUAGAUCGCUGCCUUUGCUCCACUCUUCUCGCUGUUUGCCACACCACGUUCGCUCUACUAUUCUCCCGUUUAUCCACAGUCACCCCUGCCUGCGUCUUUUCCCUCCUUUUUAUGGAAAACCUCAUCUUGAUUUAAGAUGAUCUGUCUUCCUCAAUCUCAUCCGUUUCAGCCCUGAGGACUGAAAGGGAACCUUCACCGCCAUCCCAACCCGAGUGGCACUUUAAAAGAAAAAAAAAUCACAAUUUUAAGAGAAAGAACAAGAAAAAAAGAAAAGUCUUAAGAGGCAAAGGAGCGGUACUCGGGACCCUCUGCAGACCCUUGACUCAGACCACCCAGGACUGGACUAGUCAGCAGAACUCCUAAUUCAUCUCAUCCAACUAAAAAGAGGGAGAUCCAGCUAGAAGCAAACUUCAGUGGUCUCCGCGGAGCCAGAUCCUAGAUUCCUGCAUUUGGAGGGAUCGAGUGCCAGAAGACACAAGACCCCACCAGGAGGAGGAGUCCCGCGUCUCCCUCGCUUCUCCCACCAAACCUGAACCUUAGACCGAGCCACGCGGGACACAGAGGAGGAAAGAGGGUAGUGGAAAAUGCGGGGCUCCGGGCCCCGCGGUGCGGGACGCCGACGGACCCAGGGCAGAGGUGGCAAGGACGAAGCCCCCUGCAUCCCUGCCUCUCUGGCAGGCUGUUAUUCUGCCCCUCUUAAGGGCCCCCUCUGGACGUGCCUUCUCUUGUGUGCGGCGCUCCGGACCCUUCUGGCCAGCCCCAGCAACGAAGUGAAUUUAUUGGAUUCACGCACUGUCAUGGGGGACCUUGGAUGGAUUGCUUUUCCAAAAAAUGGGUGGGAAGAAAUUGGUGAAGUUGAUGAAAACUACGCCCCUAUCCACACAUACCAAGUGUGCAAAGUAAUGGAACAGAAUCAGAAUAAUUGGUUGUUGACCAGUUGGAUCUCCAAUGAAGGUGCUUCCAGAAUCUUUAUUGAGCUCAAAUUUACUCUAAGAGAUUGCAACAGCCUCCCUGGAGGACUGGGCACUUGUAAGGAGACAUUUAACAUGUAUUAUUUUGAAUCUGAUGAUGAGAAUGGGAGAAAUGUUAAAGAGAACCAGUACAUCAAGAUUGACACCAUUGCUGCUGAUGAGAGCUUUACAGAACUUGAUCUUGGAGACCGUGUCAUGAAACUGAAUACUGAAGUCAGAGAUGUAGGACCUCUGAGUAAAAAGGGAUUUUAUCUCGCUUUCCAGGAUGUCGGUGCUUGCAUUGCUCUCGUUUCUGUGCGUGUGUACUAUAAAAAAUGUCCUUCUGUGGUAAGACACUUGGCUGUCUUUCCUGACACCAUCACUGGAGCUGAUUCUUCACAAUUGUUAGAGGUAUCAGGCUCCUGUGUCAACCAUUCUGUGACAGAUGAUCCUCCCAAAAUGCACUGCAGUGCUGAAGGGGAGUGGCUGGUUCCCAUCGGGAAAUGCAUGUGCAAGGCUGGAUAUGAAGAGAAAAAUGGCACCUGCCAAGUGUGCAGACCUGGGUUCUUCAAAGCCUCUCCUCACAGCCAGAGCUGCAGCAAAUGUCCACCUCACAGUUACACCCAUGAGGAAGCUUCCACCUCUUGUGUCUGUGAAAAGGAUUAUUUCAGGAGGGAAUCUGAUCCGCCCACAAUGGCAUGCACAAGACCCCCCUCACCUCCUCGGAAUGCCAUCUCAAAUGUUAAUGAAACUAGUGUCUUUCUGGAGUGGAUUCCGCCUGCUGACACUGGUGGACGGAAAGACGUGUCAUAUUAUAUUGCAUGCAAGAAGUGCAGCUCCCAUGCAGGUGUGUGUGAGGAGUGUGGAGGUCAAGUCAGGUACCUCCCCCAGCAAAUCGGCCUGAAAAAUACCUCUGUCAUGAUGGUGGACCUACUUGCUCACACAAACUAUACCUUUGAAAUUGAGGCAGUGAAUGGAGUGUCCGACUUGAGCCCAGACACCCGGCAGUAUGUGUCUGUAAAUGUAACCACGAAUCAAGCAGCUCCCUCACCAGUCACCAAUGUGAAAAGAGGAAAGAUUGCAAAGAACAGUAUCUCUUUAUCUUGGCAAGAGCCAGAUCGUCCCAAUGGAAUUAUCCUGGAGUAUGAAAUCAAGUACUUUGAAAAGGACCAAGAGAGCAGCUACACAAUUAUCAAGUCUAAGGAGACCACUAUUACUGCAGAGGGCCUGAAACCUGCAUCUGUGUAUGUCUUCCAAAUUCGAGCACGUACAGCAGCAGGCUACGGUGCCUUCAGUCGAAGAUUUGAGUUUGAAACCACACCAGUGUCAGUUGCAGCAUCCACUGAUCAAAGCCAGAUUCCCAUCAUUGCAGUGUCGGUGACAGUGGGAGUCAUCUUGUUGGCAGUGAUGAUUGGCUUCCUUCUCAGUGGCAGUUGCUGCGAAUGUGGCUGUGGAAGGGCUUCUUCCCUGUGCGCUGUUGCCCAUCCAAGCCUAAUAUGGAGGUGUGGCUACAGCAAAGCAAAGCAGGAUCCAGAAGAGGAAAAGAUGCACUUUCAUAAUGGGCACAUAAAACUGCCAGGAGUAAGAACCUACAUUGAUCCACACACAUACGAAGAUCCCAAUCAAGCUGUCCAUGAAUUUGCCAAAGAGAUCGAAGCUUCCUGCAUCACCAUUGAGAGAGUCAUUGGAGCAGGUGAAUUUGGUGAAGUUUGUAGUGGACGUUUGAAACUACCAGGGAAAAGAGAAUUACCUGUGGCUAUUAAAACGCUUAAAGUAGGCUAUACUGAAAAGCAGCGCCGAGAUUUCCUGGGUGAAGCAAGUAUCAUGGGGCAGUUUGAUCAUCCAAACAUCAUCCAUCUAGAAGGCGUUGUGACCAAAAGUAAACCUGUGAUGAUAGUGACAGAGUAUAUGGAGAAUGGCUCCUUGGACACAUUUUUAAAGAAAAACGACGGGCAGUUCACUGUGAUUCAGCUUGUUGGCAUGCUGAGAGGCAUCGCUGCAGGAAUGAAGUACCUUUCUGACAUGGGCUACGUGCACAGAGACCUUGCUGCUAGAAACAUCUUAAUCAACAGUAACCUUGUGUGUAAAGUGUCUGACUUUGGACUUUCUAGGAUACUGGAAGAUGAUCCUGAGGCAGCCUACACCACAAGGGGAGGCAAAAUUCCAAUCAGAUGGACUGCACCAGAAGCAAUAGCUUUUCGAAAGUUCACCUCUGCUAGUGAUGUGUGGAGCUAUGGAAUCGUAAUGUGGGAAGUUGUGUCUUAUGGAGAAAGACCCUACUGGGAGAUGACCAAUCAGGAUGUGAUCAAAGCAGUGGAAGAAGGUUACCGCCUGCCAAGCCCCAUGGAUUGUCCCGCUGCUCUCUAUCAAUUAAUGCUGGAUUGCUGGCAGAAAGAUAGAAACAGCAGGCCCAAGUUCGAUGAAAUAGUCAACAUGCUGGACAAGCUGAUACGAAACCCAAGUAGUUUGAAGACACUGGUUAAUGCAUCUAGCAGAGUAUCUACUUUGUUGGCUGAGCAUGGUUCUCUGGGGUCUGGAGCCUACAGAUCAGUGGGUGAAUGGCUGGAAGCAAUCAAGAUGGGCCGGUACACAGAGAUUUUCAUGGAAAAUGGAUACAGUUCAAUGGACGCUGUGGCUCAGGUGACCUUGGAGGAUUUGAGGCGCCUGGGAGUGACUCUGGUCGGGCACCAGAAGAAGAUCAUGAACAGCCUUCAAGAGAUGAAGGUGCAGCUGGUAAAUGGGAUGGUGCCAGUGUAACCCCCACAGGUGUCACUUCUUCAAGUGAACAGCUCUGCACUUUGUAAACAGCCCUGAGAUUUAUUUUAACAAUUGUAGGGGAAAAGGGAAAGGAUUGGUUUUGAAACCUUUUGAGGCAUUUGUCUCACCACUGAAUUUGUAAUCAAUGUUUUACUAAAAUCUCCAGAUCUUCCUCUUGGUGUCUUCAUUUUUUCAUGAAACAAAUGGAAACAAAAGUGAAAACAUGAGGAUAAACAUCCUAUAGUAAAAUGUUAAAUAAAUCCUGCCCAAUUACGUCCACAGAAUCAUGUACAUGAAAUAUAUAAAGACACAUCAUCUUUAUAGACUGUUAAGGCAACCACUUUCAAAACUUGCAGGGAUCUACUUGAAAGGAAAACUUUGAAGCCAUGUGUGGGCUAAGAAAAGCUGCAUUUCAUUGACAUUUACUUCAAGUCUUAACUGUCUACAUGAGUGUAUUGAAGAGCAAUAUGAUUAGAUUACUCCUUAAAAACAGUUUGUAAUUUAAAAUGCAAUUAUAUGUUGUUAAAUUAUAGAAAAUAGUAUAUAAACAUGUUGCUUGGUCAAGAAAAAGUUCAAUGCAGGGUGGAUAUUUAUUUUUCUGUGUAUAUAAUUUACUUGUAGUUGCUCUUCUACAGACUAUUGAGUAAUGAAUGUUUAUACACUGUAUAGUUUGCAAUAUGCCAGGAACUGACUAAACUUGUACUUGUGUGUGUGUGUGUGUGUGUGUGUGUGUGUGUGUGUAAUACAAUAUUGUUCUGCUUGCACUUUUGAUGGUGUUUUAAUUUUGGCAGCGUACAGGAAAGGGUAUUAUAGAGUGUAAUAUGAAUAUGAGAAAUAGGAAUCCAUAGACCAAAAUCCAUCUCAAGUUGAUGUCUCUUUCUCUCAUUUUGAAAGCAACUCAUUAGUUUAUUUAGAGAGCUCAUGUGUCUAAGAUGAAAUUCCCUUUGGAUUUUUGCAAACACUUCCUACUAUUUCUGACAAAGCAUUUCCAUCCAUUAAUCUUACACCCUUCUCUGAAAUUCAACCUUCUAAGUUCCAUAGUUUCUAGAGCCAAGAUGACACAAAGGGCACAUUAGUGUGGGAUGGAGAGAGAUUUCAGUGUUCCGGCUUCUGUUGGUUUCCAGGCAGAGGGCACUCAACAUCUCCCCUUAUGCUCAUCAUUUUAAUCACUCCCAUUGUCACUCAUUUAUAAAAGUUUGAUACUAAGAUAGCAGUAAAAAAAAACGAAGAAAAAAUUUUUAUUCAGAAUUUUGUUUCCAUUUUUUCAUUAAUAACUUAUUAUUAACUUAUUUACAUUUUGUCCCUCAUUAAAUAACAUCAAUUCUACUUUGAAGAACCAAUGUAAAAUAUUUAAAAAUUAGACUUGUUAAGUAAUAUAAGACAGUCCUUCAGUAUGUUCUACAGACUACACCAGCAAAAAGUUGUCAUUUGGGGUAGGUUUCAUGAACUUUACUGAAAUGUUCAAAAAAGUGAGAGUGACAGUCACCUAAGCAAUAUUUUACGUUGAUGUGCUUAAAAAACCAGGCGAAUGGUAUGUGAUAUUUAAGGAGCAGAGAACUUAAAGUACUUUCAGUGCUACAUUGGUUAAAGCACGUGAGAGAGGUGAGACCUGCAGGAAAGAGGUCAGUGUUUUUGUGAGUGGUAGUCCUUGCUCUUGCAAACUUAUGUUUCAUUACAAUAUUAACCCAUACAGAAAAGCAAUUGGGGAAAAGGCUUCCUUCCAUCCUUCCUUCCUUCCUUCCUUCCUUCCUUCCCUCCUUCUUUCUUUCCUUCCCCAUCCAUUUUAAAUGGAUGAAAUAUCUUUUUGCUAAAGAAAUAAGGAGAGAUCAAAACAAUAACAAAGGGUGUGACCCACUGUAUACCCACAUUAUAUUCAAGAAAUCACUAUUGGUUUAGUGACAUUUACAGACAAUAUUGAGAUAAGUAGCUUAAUAUUGUCUUGUUAAAAGUGACAGAUAUCAUCUUUACAAAAGAUGCAUUUAUAUGUUUAAACAAAUAGAAAAUCGUUAAAACUAAUUUCCAUCAUACAAAAUAAUUGAAAGUUUUAGUAUACUCUAUUCAAUUUUGAAAAUUUAUUUGAAUCUAAGUGAUAAAGUCAUUUUGAGAACUUCAUAACAAAAAAUGGUUUAAAAAAGCAUGUUUUUGGACUUGUACAGGCCACAGCUAUAUGGUCCUAAAAACAAUAUAUUCUAAAUUGUUUUCUAAAUUUGUAUGUUCAGAGAUUAUUUGUGGGUCACUAAUACAUAAAUGGCUGGCUGGCGGAGCGAUGGUUUCAAAUUUCUCACAACAGAAUAAAAAUUAAUUUGAGUCAAAUUUAUUUUUCCCUUUGCAAUUCAAGUAUUACAUUGGGAAAGUAAUUCAGAAAGAAAUCGUAAUAGCCACACGGCUUUUUUCCAUAUCUCAAUUUGAUUGAGAGUUUCUAAAGAAUGUCAAUCUGAUUUUAGAAGAAAUAGACUUUUACAUUAUACGUGCAUUGCCUCCCAAAGAGGAAAGAAUGACUUUCUAAAACAUUUGUCCACCAUUGAAUGUGUCACCAAUUGAAAAGUGCCAAUCUCAUCUAUAAAUGUGAGAAGUGGAAGAGGGAGAAGACCCUGCUCUCGUGAAAUGUACUGAGUCUGCCACUCAGCACUAGACUUGGUAAAUUCUGAAGGUGUGAAUCUUUUCCUGUGGAUUUAUUUCUGUACCCAAUGACUUUGCAAAAUAAAGUCCAGAUUCCUUAAUCUUCACACACUCAACUGAUUUGUAAAGUGAUAUGUAGUUGUACUGUGAGAGGGUGUAACAGGGAAUUGCUCUGAACAGACUGCUUCUGUUUAAAGUCAUUUACUCACUAUGUUUAUCAAUCAUAAUUUAUAUCAAGCCAUGCCGUUCACUAGUAUGCGAUCUGACGAAAAUCGCUGUCUCUGAAAAGUAUUAAUUAUAUAUAAAAUGUAAAGAUACUGAUCUUCAACAUUUAAAAACUGUAAUGUGCAUGUUUUUAGUCCCUGUGUUUUAUUAAGCAACCCAGUAUUCUAAAGUAAUAGAAUCAUUGUACAACUUACAUAGACAUAUUUUAUUAAAACUUAAAUGUGUCUACAAUUAUUCAUUUUGGAAUUGUCACAAAUAAUGCAAAACAUCCUUAGCUGUGUUUAUAAAAAAAUUUCUAACCACUAUGUAAUAAAACAGAUAAAACUUGCACAUCUCAUGUAAAAGUGGAGCUGUUGCUGUCGGUUGAGCACUUAGGCAUUUGCAUGUCUGCUUUUGGAAUUCUACGUGGAAGUGAAAGGCUGUAAUGAAGAUGUUUGUUUGUCUGUUUAAGUGGGUUUUCAGAAGCACAAUGAGAAAUGUUUGCCAUUGGAAGGUGUUUUGGCUGUAAUGGUAUACUAGGUGGCAAAGAGAGCCAGGCAUUAGUGAUUUAGUAGGUAUGUGAUGUUCCAUAGUAGAAAAUACCACUUUCUCAUUUCUUUCUUUCUAAAAAUUAGGAGGGAGAAUUAAAUAUGAUAAUAAAUAGUCUUUGUUUAAACUUUGCCAGAUGUUUAACCUCAGUCUAAAUAAGAAGUAGAGACAAUACGAUGGCGAUGGUGAUACUAAAGACCCAAUGAACAGAAUCAUAAUGGUAGCUUUAUUUAAAACUUGAUAGCUUGAAUAAGUCAUCAUUUUUUUCAAUACUAGAGCACAGCUGGUUACACUGAAUACUUUAACUCCAUUAUGCUGUUAAUUAUAUAGUAAACUAUCAGGAAAGAAAUAGAUAAGAACUGUCUUUCAGUUCUUAUUAAUUUAUGAGUCAUUUCAUGCAUCAAUUGUUGAAUGUUCUUAUUGAGAAUGGCCAUGUAAUUGUCACUUAGAAAAAGCUGCUAUUCUUUUUUAAAUGUCUGUUUAUAAUAACCGGACUCAAGUUCAUUUUUUCGAUGGUUUUGGAAAAAGUAAAGUUGGUAAAUAUGUCCCAUCAUUUUAGGCUGGGUGCUAUAGUCACUUAAGUUGGAGUUGUCAAAUAUUUGUGAAUAUUCUGACUACUGUAGCCUUGCAAUUAAUUAUUUAAAAAUAUAUAUAUAUAUACAAUGCAUUUCUAAAGGUCUGAGACUAAAGUCAGACACUGUCCUUUGUUAAUAUGUUUAUCAAAAUCACUUAGUUUAAGACAGGUGAGAGGCAUGUGUGUAGCCUAUUCGAUUCUUCAGUAGGCAUCAGGCUAUCUUGUGUCCCUGCCUCACAGAGAAUUCUAAGAAGGCUGAGCAUUUUUGUAUUGGUUCCCAUCUUCAUCUCUGUGUGCUUUCACUUUGUGUACAUGUUUUUGUAGUGUAAGAUAUUAAAUUUUAUAUUUUUUCAGAAAAUAAAACCCUUUGAAUAUAGUAAAA